GGGUGUGCUGAAGCGGUUAGGAAAGAUAGGUCAACCUCAAUCGGCACGAUGUCAAUUACCGAGAAGGAUCUGUACCGGGACACCCCGGUGCGUUAUCUAGGAUACGCGAACGAGAUUGGAGAAGCCUUCCGACCGGUCAUCAAGAAGAUCUUUGUGCAUGCGAGCUACGCGGUGGCGAUCAGCUACGUGCUAGCGGAUACGGCCGACAAGUCCAAGAAGCAGUACGAUAAACCGGAAAUACUGGGUGGAGGAUUCCGUGGAGCGGCCGUUGCAUCCGGUGACACGCUGUUGUGGCAAAUGUUUGCCUCCGUCAUCAUACCCGGAUUUACCAUCAAUCGGAUCUGCUGGCUGUCGAAAGCGGCCUUGAAAGCGAACAAGGUCAAGGGACCGGUCGGCAAGUGGGGACCGACGCUGCUCGGCCUGCUGGCCAUUCCGUUCAUCAUCCAUCCGAUCGAUAGUGCGGUUGAUUAUGCGAUGGAUAACACCUACCGAAAGUAUGUUAAAUAAUAUCGCCUUCUAGCUCAAAUGCCAAACGAUGGCGUUCGAACGGUUCUUUCGAACUGAAAACGGAUCGAUAUGGACAAUAGCCAAACUACCGAUAGACAGAGAACAAAGCGGAACAACACAGCACAGAAGGGAAGGGAAGGAAGAAAGGGAAUUUUGCACAAUAAUUUUAGAUUACGACAGUGCCAGACGUUGCAACACGUGGUGCGGGUUACUAUUUUCUGCUUUUUUGCCAAGCAACGAGUUAAUUAUAGGGAGGAGUGAACUACACCUAAGCCAGUGUUUUGCUCAUACUAUUGUACUACUACUACACGACAUAAGGCGCUACUACCAGACACACACACACACACACCAAUGUUUGUUACACUUUACUGUGAUAGGAACAGCAAGGAACAGUAGCAGCAGAGUUUUCGUUCGUUGAGGCACAGGGGACAGGACAGAUAAGCUUACAUGCAGGGUGGUUGGGAUGGUCCUCCUCUCUCCCUCCUCACAAAACGGUGCUAUUUGAAUGUCACAACAGUAAAUAAAAUGCCAACGUC